UUCGGAUGGCAACGGGUUCUUGUUCGAACGUUCGUAAUGAUGGCUGUCGGGUUUAUCGCUGAAACAAUCCCAAAUUUUGGCCCACUACUUGAUCUCGUCGGUGGAUCGACCAUUACCUUGACAGCACUCGUCUUUCCGUGCCUCUUCUAUCUGUAUCUGUCGGUUGGUGAGGAUGCAAUGAAUUCCGAAUGUACAAGCGCUCAAUUCGAAGAGUAUUCACUAGCAAUCGUUGGCGGAGCUGCCACCACAUAUUCAGCCAUUCGGGAAUUGGUCACCACACAGUUUUCACUACCGUGUUAUUUGCGAUCAGUGAUGAAUGCGUUGGAGUCGGGUGAUUCAACUGGAGAGGGCACUAGUAUGAAUUGCUGUGGACUAUGGCAGAACGUUUCUCGAACCGGUGAUAAUGCUAGAUGUAGCAAAUUUAUCGACUUUUAUAAUCAGUACGAUUGA